AUGGCAACCAAGGACGAAAUUUUGCGUCAAGGAGACCUGUAUUAUGCUGAUGGCAGUGUAGUCCUCUUAGCCGCCCGUGCUGAUAAAACCCAUGCCUUCCGAGUUCACAAAUCCGUGCUCGGAUCGCACUCUAAAGUGUUUGCGGAUAUGUUUGCGCUACCCUCUGCCGCAAAUCAUGAAAUGUACGAUGGCGUAGAUUCGGUAAAUAUGCCGGAUGAUGCACAAGAUCUUGAAGACCUCCUUCGAGCACUGUACUAUCCGGGCACCAUAUUAUCCAUGUUGGAGAAUCGGAACCCUCUUGCUGCAAUCAAGUACAAGGGCAUUCUUCUGCUAUCGCAGAAAUAUUUCGUGCGCGUCCUGCAGAAGCUGCUCAGGGCUCGCUUCCGUGCAGACUGGCCAUCCACUCUCCAGGAAUGGGAUAAGCUCAUGGAGCAUUAUGCCGGUCUUUCUGCAUCUGCAGAACCGCAACAUGAAGCGGCUAGUCAGUUCAUUGACAAUCGUAUGCUGGAACCCGCUUCCGCCAUACGCCUGGCUCGGGAGGCCAAUAUCCCGGAAAUUUUGCCAGCCGCGUUUUAUAUGUUAUCUACAAUCAGUCCUUUCAUGGACUUUGAUACCCUCCGCGGCCCGUCUCCCCCGACGCUCGCUGAUUCUGAAGGGAUGCUUCAGUUGUGGCACCCUGGAGAUCGCACCGCACGAUGGGGGCUCUUAACGCCCGCUGAUUGGCUCUGCCUGUCGCGAGGCAAACAUUGUCUGAUGGACUUCGCUCGAAUAUUCGAGCAGCAGGCCGGCCAGUGCAUGUGUAACUCGCCGGUUUGUAUUCAACAAAACAACAAGAAAAAAUUGUUGAAUGGGCCCCCUCAAGAUCUCCUACGUGUCCUGAAGGAAAUUGCCUCACAGCAGGCGCCUGAUCCUUGCUACAAUUCCCUGCAGGUGCUGGCGUCCCGCAGCUUAGAAGCACGGUCUAUUUUGUGGGAGAACCUGAGUUACUACUUCAAUCUACCGGACGUAGACGACGAUCAAGAUGACGAUGACUCUGAUGACGUUGCACUUGUGGAGAGUCAAUUUAUGGAUGGAUGA